GGAUGGUAUUACUACGCUCCACACGGCCCAGCUUCAUUGGGUGAAAGUACGGACUAACUUGAAGCACGUUGUAUAGGAUAACUCCCUCCUGGAAAACCACGGAGCCUCGAGACCGUACUCUGCAACUUCGCGGGAAGAAACCCUAGUUUCUUGAUUGCGCCACAGAAGAAAGUGCUUUUCACAAAGACAUGAACAAUGGUUCCUCUUCCACAAUGCACGGUCCAGAUCAACCUGAAAUAAGUGGGCCUGCGCCUGCGCCUAAAUCUCUGCGCACGAAAAUGGGCAAACCGGAAGACAGUGAAAAGAAGAUUUUUCAUAAGAAACUCAAAGAUGUUGAGAUUAGUGUUCCGAUAGUGUAUGGCAAUAUUGCAUUCUGGCUCGGUAAGAAGGCGAACGAGUACCAAUCACACAAGUGGACUGUGUACGUUCGUGGGGCAACCAAUGAGGAUCUUGGAGUGGUGAUAAAACGUGCUGUUUUUCAGCUGCAUUCCAGUUUCAAUAAUCCCACAAGGGUUGUUGAGUCGCCACCAUUUGAAUUGUCAGAAUGUGGCUGGGGUGAAUUUGAAAUCGCCAUUACACUUUUCUUCCACAGUGAUGUUUGUGAUAAGCCAUUAAACUUAUUUCAUCAUUUGAAGUUGUACCCAGCGGAUGAGUCCGGUCCUAUGUCAACUAAAAAGCCUGUUGUUGUGGAAUCAUAUGAUGAAAUUGUGUUCCCUGAGCCUUCAGAGGCAUUCUUAGCUCGUGUGCAGAAUCAGCCAGCUGUAGUCAUUCCCAGACUACCUGCUGGUGUUGCUUUGCCUCCUCCUGUGCCAGUUGAGGAUCCAAGUAACAGAAAGAGAGGGGACACUAAAGAUCAUCCCCUAUGCCAGUGGUUCACGAACUUUUCAGAAGCAGAUGAACUGUUACGAGUUGCAACAGCUCAGCAGCAGGUUCAAACUCAUAUUGCUAAAUUUCGAAGAGAGAUAACUCUACAAGAGGGGCAGCAUCAACAAGUGAAUUCUGUCUCCGACCAGUGACUGUACAUUGUCCUGCAGAUUUAUGAAGAUUUCAGUUCCAAAUUGGUUCCUGGUAAUUCAUUCAAAUGACUUGCAGCAGACGCACAUGGUGGCACACAAAUGUAGUGACCUACAUGUAUUUUCUCAGCUAUGGGGAGUUUUUUUUUUUUUUUUUUUUUUUUUUUUUUACGUUCUCUUUUUAUUUCUCUCUCUCUCUCUCUCUC